CCCUCGCCAGUGCUUCGCUGUACCAGUCUGGAGAGAGCGGAAACAUAGCUAGGACGCACGCAGGUGGUGAAAUUGAGCGGUGCUGAGCGAAUAAGGACGGGACGCCGCGAGCAAAUUUCUAACCAGUCAAUAAGAAGGCCUAGUAUCCAGGUCCAUCAUGGCUGUGUGUUGGGGCCUCCUCAUAUUGGCUCUAGGUGUGGCUGGGCAGGAGCUCCCCUCCGGUCGCCAUGGUUGCACCGACGGCAGCUGUUACCCGGCAACAGGGAACCUCCUGAUUGGGCGAUCGGUGAACCUGACUGCCAGCUCCACCUGUGGUCUGACAGGGCCGGUGACAUACUGUAUAGUCAGCCACCUGCAGGAGUCAGAUAAGUGUUUCCAGUGUGACUCUCGCCUGCCCUACCACCCCAGCGGGCACAGAGUGAGCCACCGUGUGGACAACACCAUCUCCCUGAAGGACGGCCUGGGACACCUCACCUGGUGGCAGUCUGCCAACGGAGAGGAGGAUGUUAGUAUCAGACUGAACCUGGAGGCUGAAUUCCACUUCACUCACCUCAUCAUGAAGUUUAAGACCUUCCGCCCGGCUGCCAUGGUGAUCGAGCGCUCCUCGGACUUCGGGCGUUCCUGGCGCCCGUACCGUUACUUUGCCUACAACUGCAGCAGGACGUUCCCCUGGGUCCCAGCCCACGCCCUGCGCAACAUCAACGACGUCAUCUGCCAACAGCGCUACUCCGACAUCGAGCCCUCCUCUCACGGAGAGGUCAUCUACAAGGUGCUGGACCCUGCAGUUAAGGUGCAGGACCCCUACAGCCUGGACAUCCAGGAACUGCUCCGCAUCACCAGCCUGCGUAUCAACUUCACCAAGCUUCACACGCUGGGGGACAACCUGCUGGACCGCAGAGCGGACGUGCUGCAGAAGUACUACUACGCCCUGUACGAGCUGGUGCUGCGAGGAAGCUGCUUCUGCUACGGACACGCCUCCGAGUGCGCCCCCAUGCCCGGGGUCAACGCCCGGGAGGACCGCAUGAUCCAUGGGCGGUGCGUGUGCAACCACAACACCCAGGGCCUCAACUGUGAGCGUUGCCGUGACUUCUAUAACGACCUGCCAUGGCAACCAGCAGAGGCCAACAACCCUCACACCUGCAAAGAAUGCACCUGUAACGACCACUCCAGCCAGUGCCACUUUGACAUGGCGGUGUUCCUGGCCACGGGCAACACCAGCGGGGGGGUGUGUGACGACUGUCUCCACAACACCAUGGGCCGCAACUGUGACAUGUGUAAACCUUUCUACUACCAGGACCCCAGUAGGGACAUCAGAGACCCCCGGGUCUGUGUGGCCUGUGACUGUGACCCUGUGGGCUCCCUGGAGGGGGGUGUGUGUGACAGCCACACAGACCCAGAUGCAGGAGUGAUCUCUGGACAGUGCCGCUGCAAGGCCAGCGUGAAGGGAGCCCGCUGUGACUCCUGCAGGGAGGGUCACUACGGCCUGAGCCAGGACAACCCCCAGGGCUGCCAGCCGUGUCACUGUGACUCCAGGGGGAUCAUCAUGCUGGGGACGUCAUCAUGUGACCAGAUCAGUGGAGACUGUUCCUGUAAGAGAUAUGUCACAGGACGCUACUGUGACCACUGUCUGCCAGAAUAUUGGGGACUGAGUAAUGACCUCGCUGGCUGCAGACCAUGUGACUGUGACUUUGGAGGCUCCUACAACAACAGGUGCAUAGUAGAGAACGGCCAGUGUGACUGUCGGAGGCAUCUGAUUGGUCGUCAGUGUACAGAGGUGCAGUCUGGGUAUUUCUGCUCAUCGCUGGACUUCUACACGUACGAGGCAGAGACGGCCUCCGGACACUCCCCCGACGACCCCGACCUGCCGGGUAAGGCCAGGCCCCAGGCAGAGGUGGACUGUGUGGAGCACCUCAACAACCAGCUGAGAAGACACCGUCGUCACCGCCACAACGCCACCGCCCACCAGGAGAGGGCAGCACUGAGACGCAUCAGACAGCUGCAACAGACGCCUGAUGUGAGGGUGGUGCACAGGGAGAGGACCCUCAGCCCCUUGGUCUCGUGGACGGGUCCAGGGUUCGCCCGGGUCAAAGAUGGAGCAGGUCUGGUGUUCACACUGGACAACAUCCCCUACGCCAUGGACUACCACAUCAUGAUCCGCUACGAGCCAGAGUCUACAGAGAACUGGGAGGCCAUCGUCAGCGUCAUGUCGGUGUCUCUGCCCAGCAGCACUCGCUGUGGAAACCUGCUGCCCACAGAGCAGCUCUACACCAUCCCACUCACACACACCAGCAGGUAUGUCUCCAUCCCUCGGCCGUUCUGCUUCGAGCCCGGUAACCGCUACGUGCUGGCCGUCCGUUUCCAACGCCACGCCGUCUCUCAUCGCCACCUCACCGCCUUCAUCCUCAUCGACUCGUUGGUGCUGAUCCCCAAGUACGCAGAGCUUCCUGGUUUCGAGGGCAACGCCCCUGGGGCAGAGCAGCGUCAGGAGGAGAUGAUUCGCUACAUGUGUGUGGACUCCUUCCUGACCACGCCCACACCGGUGCUGGCUGAGAUGUGCUCCAAGCUGAUCUGCAGCAUCUCUGCUAUCCUGCAUGAUGGAGCGCUAGCAUGCCAGUGUGACCCCCAAGGAUCUCUCAGUGCUGACUGUAGCAAGGUUGGAGGUCAAUGCCGCUGUAAACCUAAUGUGAUUGGCCGGAGGUGUGACCAGUGUGCUCCAGGCACAUAUGGAUUCGGUUCCUACGGCUGCAUAGCGUGUGACUGCCACUCCCAGGGCUCCCUGGGGCAGCAGUGUGACCCUGUGUGGGGCCAGUGUGUGUGCCGGGUGGGGGCUGCUGGGCGCCAGUGCUCGUCUUGCCAGGGGGGCCAGUGGGGGUUCCCCUCCUGCCAGCCGUGCCACUGCAACGGCCACGCGGACAGCUGCCACCCUCACAGUGGGGAGUGUCUGUCCUGCCGCGACCACACCACCGGACACCUGUGUGACAGGUGUGUGAACGGGUUCUUUGGGAACCCUGUCCUGGGUGUUGGAGAACACUGUCGUCCCUGCCCCUGUCCCGGUAACCCUGACAGCGGCCAUUUCCAUGGCGACUCCUGCCACACCGACCAGGCGUCCAAUCAGAUCAUUUGUAACUGUCGUCAGGGAUACACAGGUCCUCGCUGUGACCGCUGCUCUCCUGGUUACUAUGGUAACCCGGAGCAGGCGGGGGGGGAGUGUCGCCCGUGCCAGUGCAGUGGCAACAUCGACCCCCAGGACCCCGGGUCAUGUGACCCUGGAUCCGGCCAGUGUCUGAGGUGCCUGUACAACACGGAUGGCCCCGCCUGCUCCCACUGCAGACGCAGUUACUACGGCAACGCUCUGGCUCAGGACUGCAGGCGCUGUACCUGUGUGAGGGUGGGCACCGUGCCGUCCCACUGCAGUGAGGCUGGGUGCCAGUGUGACGCCCAGACGGGGGCGUGUCCCUGCCGGCCCAACGUAGAGGGACACGCCUGUGACCGCUGCUCCCCUCAACACUGGAACUACGGAGCGGAGGGAGGCUGCCAGCCUUGCGCCUGCCACCCCCACAACGCUCUGGCCACGCACUGCAACAUGUUCAGCGGGCAGUGCCACUGUGCUCCAGGCUUCGGGGGCAGUCAGUGUACAGAGUGUGAGCAGUUCCACUGGGGAGACCCUCGCGUUCAGUGUGAAGAGUGCAGCUGCCACCCUCUGGGCUCGGAGUCGCCCCAGUGUGACCGGGCGUCGGGGGCGUGUGUGUGCCGGGAGGGUGCUGCAGGGCGGCGCUGUGACCUGUGUGCCCGAGGCUUCAGUGGCUCCUUCCCCCACUGUCUGCCCUGCCACCCCUGCUUCCAGCUGUGGGACGACGCCCUGUGUCAGAUCAAGAGAGAUCUGGAGCACGUUCAGGUGGCCCUACGCAGGCUGGAGCAGAGCGGGGCGGAGGGGGGCGGGACCCCUGGGCUGGGCCACGCCCGCGUCAGGGAGCUGGAGAGGAAGUUGGAGAGCAUACAGGAUGUGGUCAGACACAGCGACAGCGAGAGGAUUUAUCUGCUGAUUGGACAGACCAUUGAUGACCUCAGGGCGGAGAUCGCUCUGACAGAUGGAAGACUGAUGGGCGUGGCCCAAGAGCUGAACGGGACCGCUGAGCAUGAUGGGAAGUUGAGGCGGAGCCUGAGCCUGCUGGAGGCGGAGCUUAAAGACGUCAACACCACCGUGGCCCAGCGGCGUGGAGAGCUGGAGAACUACCUGACCUCUGGCACUGCUGACCAGCUAGAGAGGGUGCGGGGGUACUACCGGCAGUCCCAGCAGGCAGAGCAGAGGUGUGUGUGGUCGGUGGGGGGGGGGGCCAGCCCGGUGGUCCAGUCCCAGAGCACCCAGCAGCAGACCCAGACCCUGCUGCAGCAGCGCAGGGAGGCCUUCCUCAAGACCACCGCAGCACACAAGAAGUCCCUGGAAGACCUGCAGAAGAAGAACCACGACCUGGACAAGAAGGUUCUCCACCUCAGCCACAAGGUGUGCGGUGGCCAUGGCAACAGCAGCUGCCCAGACAGCCCGUGUGGGGGGGCAGGUUGUCGUGAUGACCAUGGCCAGCGGCUGUGCGGGGGUGCCGGGUGUAAUGGCACGGCAAGCGUCGCCAUGGCGACAGUGAAGCAGGUCGAUGGUGUGACAGAUCGCCUGAUGGCAGCCAGCGAGGAACUGCAGGGCAUGGCCAAGAAGCUUCAGGAGAUCGUGUCUCUGACCCGGGAGGUGAAGGACCAGACCAGGAGCACCCUGGAUAAGGCCACCAGCAGGAAGACGCUGUUCGACUCGUCCAAUCAGAACCUCAAACACUUCAUCCAAAAGAUCAGAGACUUCCUGACUGAGGAGGGAGCCAAGCCGGAGAAUAUAGAGAAGGUGGCGCUGCAGGUGCUCUCCAUCUCCCUGCCGGUGAACCGGACCAGCCUGGACGCUGUGGUGCAAAACAUCAGGGACAACAUCGCCAACCUCACAGACGUGGAGAAGGUCUUCAACUCCACCGCUCAGCAGCUGCAGCAGGCCCAGGACCUGCUCUCCAGGGCCAAGGAUGCCAGGGUCCGUGCGGAGGGGGUGAAGGACAGCACCAGUGCCACCAGACGAGCGUUGAACAUGUCGGAGCUGGCUGUCCAGACUGCUGCCCAGGCCCUGACCAACGCCCUGCACAACCUCAACACCACCAGGAACAACACCGCCAUGGUGGAGCAGAGGCUGCAGGGGGGGCAGGGGGGGCAGAUGGAGAUGAUGGAACGUCUGGCCAGGCUGUCUGAGGGGCUGGAGGCCCUGAGGAACCAGAGCCAGAAGACCAGGGGCCUGGCCAGCGACGCCCUGGGGAGGGCAGCCAACGCCACGCACGCUGCCUCGGGGCUGGAGCAGCGUUUGAACGAGACAGAGCAACACUUCCGUGAUCUGAAGAUGAAGGUGGACUCUCUGGACGGGGCUCCCGGAGGGGCGGAAACUAUCAACCAGAUGAAGAAGGAGGCGGAGUCUCUUCUCAACAAGGCCAAUAAGGGCAUAGAGACACUCCGGAAACUGGAGAGAAAGUUCCGGAACAACGAGCAGCGUUUGCUGGACCAGCAGAGCGAGCUGGCCGACCUGGAGAGGAACGCCACCAACGCCAGAGAGGAUAUCAGGGAGCAGGUGCACAAGUACAGCAACUGUUAGGCCCUGCGGCGGCUGUAGUCCUUUAGAGCGUGGCAGGGAGUGUCCCCCGAUGGAGCCACCGGCCCAGCAAAACUACAACUCCCAGAAGCUUUCAGUUCCUAUUGUUUUUGGUCCAAGUAACCAUAUUUUCUCUUUCAUUUGGUAGUGUUCUGGAUGUAUGUGGACUACAGAUCCAGUUAGACAAGCCGCUAGUGAUAGCAGCAGCCAGUCAAUAUGAUUUUCUGUGUGCCAAAAUAUAUAGUUGUAGCCUAUUGAAAUUAACAACUCAUGUAUUGUACGUACUCUUUAAAUAGAUUUUGGGGUUUUGUUCGUUUUUUGACAAUUAUACUGUUAUAAAGACCUUUUGAGAAAUGUUCUUAGUUGGUGUUCCAUAGUUACUGUGACAGUCCUUGUUAGAGCAGGACAUUAUUAUAAUUAUAAUACUAUAUUAUAAUUAUAAUCCAUACUCCCUGCAACAUUGCUAUUUUCAUGAAAUACGUUUUUUUUCUCACACACAAGACCCACACAGACAAAUAUGUUAGUGUUUGAAUAUCCAACAUAGUGAAUGUAUUCUGUAUGCUGACAAAAUAAACCACUAUGUUUGAUGACA